ACGACAGUGGCAUUCAUCGUAUUCCAGCCGCAACCUUGCAGCUACUUGCACUUUUAGUAGGUACAUUCGGUGACUGCAUUACACUUUAAGAGCUUCUGUUUGAAAUACUCGAUACUCCGUACUAGCUGUAGCAGUUCGGGAAAAGAAGAAGAACAGAACGCGGUCACAUACUAUCAGCCUGCCAGUAUCAACGUAGGACAGUUGCAGGACGAGGAGCAGGAAGGACUUACUAGUCUAGCUUCUUCUUUUCCGCAUUUGCUUUUCAAUCAUGUUCUUCGUGGAUUUUGUUUUCCUUGUUAGGCAGUAUUGUUUUUGAGUUUGAAUGGAAAACAAUAUUGAACUACAACGCAUUUACCGGUUUAACAGUCUCGAUUUUUGUGGCAAAUGUUGCAUCAGGAGCCCGCUCCUUCUGUAGAAGCGUCGACGCGCAGCACAGCGAGCAGCAGCUCCUCCUCGUCACUAUGGAGGUGAUGUGGUCAUUGAUGAUCGUCUAGAGUGCCUACGCAAACCGUGUCAUGUGGGUCUGCCGACGCGGACGCAGUGGCAGCUCCUGGUGUAUCUUUUACAAUGCAGAGUGUGCACAAAAAUUGAAAUCAAAAUCACUCCAGACCGUUGGCGCAUUAAGUAAGGUUGAUUUUUUAUUUGAGCUUUCUGCAUGCCAAAACUGCGGAACAUUGCGUCAACUCUGCAUGGAUGACAGCGGGUUUCCCUAGGGCGGCUAGCCGCAGCACUCUGACGUAAAGUCAAUCCUUUUGUCCCCUCUAUAGUUACCGCCUUCCUCCAGGAUGGAGGGCAUCACAGGAGACAAAGUUGCAGUCGUUGACUAUGGAAGCGUCAGUUAGGGAAUCGCCAAAAUGAAAAUGAUUCGGUUUCAGCCUUCCGCACUAAGAUAAAAGCCAAAGCGAUCAUCACACCUCCGUUUCCAUUUUCGUUUCCACCAUUUGAACUCGUUAUUGCUUUUUGAACGCAUGCUGACUCUUUAAUGCUGUGUGGGGCAUCAAAACACCCCCCAGAAUAAACGCAGCGAGUUUAUUCUCUCGCGCGCUUCAUCUUCAUGCUCUAGUACCCUCCCAUUCUCAUUUAUUUGGUGACUCUAUCCGCCCUGACGCUCCCAUAUCGACUUUGGAUCGCAGGUGACCCACUUGAUCUGCCGGCGGAUUCGCGAGCUGGGUGCGUAUUCCGAGCUGAUAAGUUGUCGCAAUGUUGACGAUAUCAACUGCAAAUAUGUCUGCUGGGGUUUGUCCUACGUGGAGGGGGCAUUUGUCACGCGGAAUAGGCAACAGGAAGCCCUCCAAAAAUCUGUGAUGCUAGGCCAUGCGUUGCAGGUAUCGCUGGUCAUGCAAAAUAUGCAUGACAACCCUGGUAAAAAUCUCUAGACCCAGACAUGUUUGCAAAUGAUAGACGAACAAUAUCUGGAGAGCUUCGCUCCCAAAGCCGUCAUUCUAUCCGGCGGACCCAGUAGUGUAUACGAAGAGGAGGCCCCGCACCUGAAGCCGGAGCUUUGGCAAGUGCUUUACGAUAAACAGAUCCCCGUCCUAGGUAGUAUAUAGUUUGCGUUUUGUUUUAGCUUAAUUGCGAUGCGAGUACUCGAUACUUGUCUCUGUACUUGUUCGAGGACAAGAGGACUCGUCAAACUUGAUAAGGUGUUGGUGUAUGAAAUGAAAUUACAACUUUAUUAAUUUGAAGAAUAUUCCGAGCCCGAGGUAGAGGUGAUCAAUGGGGGGCGUCGUGUCAAAAUCGAGAAUGCCGAUAUAAAUGCUAGAGACAGGAUGUGCAUCUGGCGUUGCCAAUCUUUUUGCAAGUAGACCACUACACUGACGAUAUGCAUCCUCUAAGUCAAUGGUUACCUUCAUGAUGAAAAUCAUAGGUAUAUGCUACGGAUUGCAAGAGAUGAUGUGGGCGCUUGGUGGGAAAGUGAGUCCCGGAUCCCAGUAUGCAAAAAAAUUGAACUUUCCACACGACGUCGAGAAGGAGGAACUCCAUGGAUGCAUGGUCAUGGAUGAGAAUGUUUGUGUGGCGGAGGUGAUCUUCGUGAUCCAAGACCUGUGUAUGGCUCUCGUUUCAUCAUCCCUGCAACGACGUUUCGUGGUGGGCGUGGUGGUCAUCUACUCACUAUAUUGAAUUUGUCUUUUGAUUUUCGUUUUCCAAUGGCAAUGCUGUGGAAAAGGAGAAGGAAAUACAAAAAGAAAAACUAGACGAACCAGCCACUGCCGUUGUCAACAGGUGGUAGUUAGUGUUUUAGGUUUUAGUUUUAGAAAAAACAUCGUAGGUUUUUCAAUGUCAUUGAAAGCUCAUACGCUGUCGUUUUUCGUUUUGGAAAAUAGUAUGAAAACAUAGAACUUCUGUCGACGACGGGCAUGAAAAGUUCACGUUUUUUGUUCGACAGCCAACGCGAAUUUGGGUAUGCAGAACUUCAGGUGGUUGAUCGUUUUGGCAAGAACAAUCCGAACGACCACGUGAGUGCGGCGACGAGUCUGUUCUCCGACGUUCCGACCGGCAGUCAAUUGUGGAUGUCCCACGGCGACAAAGUCACGAAGAUGGCUCCGGGUUUUGAGGUUUUGGGGAGUACGGAUAACUGCGAGUAUAUCCUGUGCAAAAACUACGACGUUCCCGGUCAAUUACAGUCAAAAUGGGCAUUCUGCUACACAAAGUCAAGGGAACUCCUUGGACUAACGCGUGACUAGUACAAAUAUCGUACUAUGUACUAUGGUCACGCCUAGGUAGUGAAGGCCCAUCACGAAAAAUCCACCGUGUUACCACUUUGAUGACAGCAUGACAUAUUUCCAAACAUGAUCAGAUAAUGGCGCUCAUGCGGACGAGCCAUACUCACAUGAGAUACGCAAGCGUCCUCUGUCUGCUGGGCAUACGCAUCCAGAUUAGCAUGAUGAAAAAUAAGCAUUGUGCUUUGAUGUGCAUCCCAUGGAAAUGGAUCCCGCACCCCCACCUUCGCAGGCUCGGUAGCGCAGACGGUUAAGCAUGACUCACUGAUAUCAAUAUGGCACGGGUUGUAUGUUUUUCCACAGGACAGAGCACGCGGCCAUCUUUCACGAGGAGAAGAACUUUAUGCAUCGCAAAUCUACUGUCUGGGUCUGGACCUGGAGCCAAAGGCAGAAUUUUCAAUGCUGACUUGCAACAAUCGCACGAGAAAUUAUUGCUCGAACGCAGAGGCAGAGGACGGCUUUGUUCUUUGCCAUGCGCAAUAGGAGCAGGCGUUAAGAAGCUGUAGUAGCCUUCGCAAGACAUGUGACGCCCUUCCGAGCAAUCACGCGUCUUUUCCGAAAGCUGAAUGACGAAGGGGCUUUUCAACCAACCAGGUUCAGACAUUUUUGCAUGUCAUAAACUUCUUCGGCGUGCAAUUUCAUCCCGAAGUAACGCACACUCACUGCGGAAAGCAGAUCAUAAAAAACUUCCUGGUAAGCAGUCUUCAAAACGCGUCCGCCUACGCGUCGUCUGCUGGUGCUGCGUCCAUUGAAAAAGAAGCCAAGUCCCCAACGACCACAAUAGGUACAAGAACUUUGAAUAGUUGCAUUAGUAGGAACAUGUACGUGAUGCGUCGUCAUGCACAUGCUCAUGAUAUAGGCGUAAUCUUCAAAGUAAUGUGCCUCGUAAAACAAGUGCCAAUAGUCAGCAGCUGCAGUACAUUUUGUAUGAUACACACAUAGAAGUAUUCUCUCCACUGCAUCAGCCGGCAGGGUUGUAAACCUGGACACUUGAACAUCUUAGUACUGCCUUCCUAGUCAUUGCUGGCGGGAUGGACUCGACGGACUAGCAGCAGGGCCGGGCCCGUUUCGCUCGGUCGCCAGGGAAUCCCUGAAGUAGUCGCAGGCGAUUCAUCCAUACAAAUAUAUGAAAGAAAUGAAAAAGUGCCCAUGCCGUUCGUCAAACCGAAGAGUCGGAUCUGCCCAUUUUCAAUACGGUUUUCUUUUGAGGAGCUUGAAUCCGAAAUCUAAAACAGAUGGGAGCAGGAAACCUGUUGCACGUAACGCAUUUUCCUUCGCCAAGUGGACCAUGAAAAAUUUUUGCGAGCUUGAGAUUGUCAAGAUCCGCGAGCUAUGAACUGCAAAAGUAUCGUACUCGUAUAAAUGCAUUACAAAUUUUCUCAGCAUGAGAAAUAAAAUUUGUAAUGCGGAUUUGCCUUAAGAAAAAGAUUUGCAAUGCAACAAGACUGACGUUUAUACGAAUGCGAUACUUUUGCACAGGAUACGUGCAAGUGGGCCCCACGGAUUACGUGCUCGGCGGUAUUUAUGGAACUGUCAGGAUUGAAAUUGACAAGGUUGAAAUGAUUUGUCAUGCAUAAAAUGAAAGGCAAAGGCGUGAAGUGCUUGUCUUGCCUGGAUGGCAAGUGAGACCCACUGUCAGCCUGUUUAGGGUUUGAAAUAGAGCUGCAAAAGUUGCAUGACAAAAGCAGUCGUCUGUGCCCAACCAGCAUGACAAAUCGGAAUCCGGUGCUCGGAAAAUUUGUCAUGCGCCGCUUAGAAAUUGGGCCUCCGCCUGUUAUCGAUUUUAUGCAUUACAAGCUAUUUCAACUUUGACGAUUUAAAUCCUGACGCUGCCAUAGUAUUUCCGGAGGAGUAGAUAGCUCUGUGGCCGCUGGCUUGAUGCACCGGGCCUUGGGAGAACGGUUCCGCCCGUUUCUCAUUGACACCGGGUUGCUGCGCAAGGACGAGGCACAGGAGGUGCAGACGCGACUAACCCAACACAUACCCGGAUUGAAGCUUCAAUGCGUUGACGCGAGCGCUGAAUUCUAUCAAGCUUUGCACGGUGUUACGGAACCUGAGAGGAAACGAAAAAUCAUCGGCAAGCUCUUUAUAGACGCCUUCGAGCGGGCGAUUCGCGAGUCGGAUUUGCCCAUUGAGUCCACUUACUUGUUGCAGGGAACCCUGUACCCGGACGUCAUUGAGUCUACAAGCUUCAAGGGUCCUUCUUCCGUCAUAAAGUCCCACCACAAUGUUGGGGGGCUUCCCGAAAGGUACAGGGUCGCCGGCGCCCCUUUUUUACACAACCCAUACCCAUUUAUCAAAUGCUAUAGAUCCUGACCACCUGCACCUGCAGCUCCGCGGAUUGGGGUCUCGUAAUUACAAUUUCCGCAUAUGCGUAUCAUGCUAAAGAAGCUAUGAAAAAAACGAUAGUGAUCAAAGCGCAAGUUGUGCUUGCGUCAUAGCUUUAGGUUAAGCUGACGCUCAAGCCCUAAGCCACUUGGUUUUGGCCUGAUCUUGUUGUGAGAAGUACGCUGCGCAGCUUCUCUCUGUCGCCGUGAAGCGCGAAGCGGCGACCAAGCGGCGCCCUGUUUUUUACGCAGCAUCCGUGCCUGCCCACGCUCGGGCGCGAACCCGGGUGUCGGCAUGCAGCUACAGCUACACGCGACGAUUGCAGGAGGCGGGUGCGAGUUCACCACCAGUCGCCAAUACUUAGUAUGCUAGCAGUGUGCGCGUGGUCAUCAACUCAAGUUUCUAAGCGCAUCUCUAUGACACUAAUCUGAUAUAUGAAAAUAGCGAUAGUGUGAAGGAGCUCUGAACUUCUACUAUAAGUCCCAAACCCACGAGCGCGCCGGCCCCCGAACCGGGCGGAGCAGUAGUAGUGAUUCUGCUUCUGCAUCCUCGUCAUUAUUUUCAUCUGAGCUCUCUUUUCAUUCAACAUCGCGCAACUACACUUCUGCGACUGUGACCCUGAGGCGGGCAUUUUGAUCUUCAUGAAACUACGAGGUUGAAGUUCAAGGGACUGAUUGAGCCUCUCUAUCAAAAGGAAAAAUCCCCCCACCCCAUAUUGAAAAGGUACGCUUUCGAAAAUUUGUGUUGCUGAUUUACGACCACAAAUCGUCUCUGUGUUGCAUGAAGGCAACUCCACAGGAUCCGCCGCAUUCUACAGGCGGUUUGUCAUGCUGUUGAGCCUACAGCACGGACGCUUUUCAUGCCAAGCGUCCAGGUCAAAGCCUCUCUACUCAGGCUUGAUAUGGGUCUGCAGUCCUCUCCAGGAAGACAAAUCUGAACUGUGUACUCAAAUACAGCAUCACAAAUUUCGUUUUCGAUAUGGGGAGGGGGGAUUUUUCCUCACAAUACUCCCCGGAUGCUGUUCAAGGACGAGGUGCGUUCGCUCGGCCGCGAACUGGGUCUGCAUGAAGAUAGCAUCAUGCGCCACCCUUUUCCCUAUGGCCUCCUCAGACGUCCUUGUCGUGUGGACUUUCGUUGUAGAAUUUCUGCGUGUGUGUCUUCUUCAUGGAGGAGCUGGAGGCCGCGGUUUUUGUUUUAUCUUUCUGCCAUGCUUUUUGUGUUGACGAGAUUGGCACGAAUGUCAACGCAGUUUGGCGCGUCGCGCGACCAGCUGCCUGGUCGCGCGACGAGGCAGCUUUGAGCGGAAGGUCGUGGAAAAGAUUUUGCAUGACAUCAAAGCAGAAAAAACGAAACGCAACUGAUGGCCACACGACAACGUCUGACGAGAAGGCCAUACUCCCGGGCCCGGACUCGCGAUUCGAAUUGUCGGCGGCGACGUCACAAAAGAGCGGGCGGACGUCUUGCGCGAGGCAGACUAUGGAGGGAAGCAGGGGGUUGAUCUUGUCCUGCACUACUACCACCCCCAAGAAGAAUUCCAUUUCUCCGUGCGGACUUGCUUCCACGGCCACGGUUUUAAUUGUCAGGCAAAAGGUAGCCUACCAAAAGCAAAACCCAAGGCCAAUGCAAAAAUCGCUCCGCGACUGACGAAGUUGAUUUAUUUUAUUUUUUUUUCGUAUGCUAAUGCUUUUAUUUGCAUGACAAUGCAAGGCGUAAGCGCAUGGCAUACUCCUGUUACUGGUUAGCAGCACUGCCAAAGAUCACAACUCACUUCCCCUCUAUACGGACAACAUUUUCAUUUCUAGCUUGAAAGAGGCCGGGGUCUAUAACGAGGUGGGGCAGGCCUUUGCGGUGCUUAUGCCGGAAUGCAAAACUGUAGGGGUGAUGGGAGACGCGCGAACUUACGAGAUGACCGUCGCCCUCAGAGCGGUAGAAAAAUGAAAUCACCAGUCACGUAGUCUCUUUAUAGAUAUACGUAUGAUUAUUUUUUCUUGGCGAUGUGAUAAAUUUACAGCUAUUAAGCUAGUGAUAUGCGGUCGUGCUCCACGGCAUGCGAGCAGCUCCGUUUCUGUUAUCCGUGACAAUCCCCGCACGGCGUGUGGUGCUGCUGCUGCUGCUGUCAGUUUCCGUUCUCGUUGUGCGUCGUGAAAGUAAAACAUAUAUGUGAUGGCGUUUCUUGCAUUCAAAACGGAAUGCGCCACACGAAAAAUAUCAAUUCCUCGAGAAAAAUGAAGCUGCGCAAGGGUUAGCUGUAAGUACUACUACGUCGACACGAACAAGAACGUCAACUGCACUUGUUUUCAGUGACAUCAUAUAGCAGUUAUUUUUAUAAGCUGCGGGGGGCGGGGGUCCCCGGGGGUCUGCGGGGGUCUGCGGGGCUCGAUUCAUUCUAAAGGAGAAAAAAACAAAAGAUGUAUUAUGUUUGUCAAUCACGGUGGGACUCUAGCGCUUUGCAAGCGCCAUGGAACUGCCCAUAGUGCCACCGCCGUGCUCUUUGUGCGGCGCCCUUGUGGCGUAUUUGUAACUGCUCGGUGUAGUUUUUGGGAUGGCGGAUGCCACCGCCAGGUGGCAUCUAGGGGGCCAAAAAUUCCUGCAUGCGUGUCCUCCACGCGGGCGGCCCCUGGGUGCGUCGUUGUGGUUGUUAAUUGUGACAAUCGCAGCCCGCAGCUAACGGCUCAGAGCUUCUCCGGACGGCUGAGCCGAUGCAUGCAGGUGCCAGAAAAGUGAAGCAAAGUCUUGCUGUUUCUGGGCGGGCGGGGAGAAGAAAUGUUUAAAGUUGGGAACACUGAAGAAGGACAUGUGGUGUGAGUUACUUUCGGUAUAGACAAACCCCCGUAAGAUUAUUUCAAUUACAUUGAAGCUGCAACUGUGCUUUGCGCAUGGCAAGUCGGUGAGUUGUUUUUUCGUUUGGGCGUAUGAGCAGGCACCUUAUUUAGUUUCGACUUCAUGCACUACGUAUGCAUGAGUAUGAGAUGAGCAGAAGUUUGCGAAUUUUUUAUUUUACGCACGGCAAAUCAUGACUUUUUUAUUGUACUCAGGGUCUGAGUCGGUUGCUCCUGUUUCUUUUGGUUGGUAGCUUUACAAUCGCGAAGUCCAUGUUUUUUUUCCUUUUUUUUGUGAAUUCGGUGUCGUUUUCUCGUGGUGUGUAUCUCUAUCUUGCUUGGAAUCUCUACUGCUACUGUUGCUAUUCCUUGUCCUUAUAUACAUUCAGUUCUCAGCCCGCCCGGCUACAGUGCUCUACUCAAGCUUCCAUUUAGGAUUUUGCUUUCUACUCCGACUUUAGGACUUUCCUUUCUACUCAGACUUUACCACUACUUCGCUGGCAAUCAUGAAAAGGAGCGGCAGCAGCCCCGCGGCGAUUGUCAGCACGGCCGUCGGGAGGAGCGGGAGCACGCCGGUGGAGCCGACGCGCCGCCCGGCCCGCCAGCUCCGCCCCAGCUUCGCCCCAGCCUCGCCCCCGCCGUCUUUGACGUCGCGCAUGAAACAGGAACACGCGGCGGCGGCGGUAUCCUUUGCAAAAACACCCCGCCCCAUUCCUGCCGUGCGUAUUUGCAUGCCCGGGCCAAACUAUUUGGCCUGCCGCCCGCGUAUAGGCUUUUUUGAUGCUGUUUGUAACUUUCGCAACGAGGAGCAGGGCAGCAAUUUGUCAUGCGCAAGGGCCAGAAUUUCUUUGCAGUUGUGAUAGAGGUGCAGUCUUGGCUGUGGGGUGGGGGGUUUUGUCUAAAGGAUGGCAGGCAGAGCCGUUAUCUAUUGCAAAAGAAUCAAACUAGUACGAAUUGCUUUUGCAUCUGCAUCACAUCAAAGGUCCGCAGCAUUGGUAGCGGAAUUUGUGAUGCGGGUUUGCCUUCAGAAAAUAAAAACUUAUAUUUGUAACGCGUGACAACUGCAAUCACUAUGAGUGCGAUACUUUUGCACAGGAUGCCCGCUGAGUUGCGACGAUUUCAGCACCUCGUCUGACGACGGACGGUAUCAGGUGCAAAAGUGUCUGGGUCUGGAAGCGCCAAACUUGUGAUGCGCAUUUCAGAAUACAGAAAAAUCUCUCAUGCAUAGGUCGCAAAAGCUGCACACUUUCUGUCACCAAAAUGAGGAAUUUGUCAUGCGGAUUCGGCAGUGCGGAAGCUUGUCGAGACCUGUGACGCUAGAGCUUCCAUGCCACACCUUCUGCGCCAUGAAAGCCAGCAUGUUUUUCCAGACCCAGACCCUUUUACCUUUGAUAUGCUCGCCGCGAGCUCGAUGUCAAUCAUCAGAACUAUCCUGUGUAAAAACGUCCCCACCCCAUAGUCAAGUUAGUAAAUCUGGAACACAAAUUUCCAAGUUUUGGGAGUUUUGCAUGACAAGUUUCCAUCUGUAUUGUCGUGCUGUUUAGCAAGGACAGCCGCAUGAGAAAACAAGCCUCUCAUCCUGUUCACAGCAUUACAAAGUCCAAAACAAGAUUGGAAAUGCCUCUCAUGCUCAUCCGCAUUACAAAUGUUCUUGUCAUUGCACAUUUGCAUGACAACUCUGGGGUGGGGACGUUUUUACACAGGAUAAGAACGGCCAAAAAGUCAUCCCGGGCAAAACCGCUGAAAAGACCCGCCUCCCCGGGCGAGUUGCAGUCCCUGUGGACGAUUCUCGCGGGCCAUGGUAUGGAUGUGUCAGAGUUGAAAUCAGCAGAGUUGAAGUAGAGAUAACUUGUAAUGCAUAAAAUCGAUGCCAGUUGCAAGCCCAAUGUCUACGCGGCGCAUGACAAAGCUGAGUAUUUAGAGUCAGAAUGCAGUUUGUAACUCUCUUAGGGCAAGGAGGACGCCUGUUGUCAUGCUGCUUGAGCAGCUCUUUUUCUACCCCGAAACAGGCUCACAAUCUGCCUCCCUUGCCUACUCAGCAAGACAGGCAUUUUAUGCAUAGCAAACUACUUCAACUUUGACGAUUUCAAACCUGACAGCUCCAUGCGUGGCUUUGUGCGCCCUUCCUCGCCCCUGGCGGGGAAGGGGUGCAUUUGCCGCCACUGCGGGUGUAUGCAAUGCAAAAGCAUCGCACUCGUAUACUAAAUGCAUUACAAAUUUCCUCUGCGUGAGACAUAAGAUUUGUAAUGCGGAUUUACCUUGUUUAUAAAAAAAACCUCUCGCGCGAUGUUGCUACACAAUCGACGGGGUUAAUAAACAAACUGCAUUGCUCGUGGAAAUAGGUCAUUUUUGAAAGUUCGAGUUGCAAUUUUACAUACGAUGCUAGCUGUUUCUUCUAAAAACUAUCGCUCGUUACUACACUAGUUCUAAUUUACUACAUCAAGGAAAUUUGUAAUGCAUGAUUGCAAUUACUACGGGUGCGAUAUUUUUGCGCAGGAUAGGGUUUGCGGCGACCACCAACACGGGAGUUGCAAAACUAAGCUACAGCGAGAACGAUAAGCGGCACACCUUUACCGGGGCAACGGACGGCCGGAAGGUUUUGGUGUACGAUUGGCAGCUCCCCUAUGAAAGUGCCCUGCGCCCCCGAGCCCGCAUUUGUCAAGCAAAAGGCAACGCGUGAUAAUGAUGAUGAUGAUGAAGGCACUACUUGCGUGACAGAUUCCCGAAUCCAAAACAGCACUACGCUACGUAGUGCUAUUCGUAGAAAGUUGUAGCGCAGUCUGCUUGGAAUUUGACACACAGAAGCUGCAUCUUUGCCAGCGCUUGUUUUGCUGUUCAUGCAACCAACACAAACGAGGGGGAGGGGGUGUGUGCACUCUGAUACCCACGAAGAAGAGCGGGGCGGGUUUAUCCUGAGUAAAAGCGUCCCCAUCCAUGAGCUGUAAUUGACUUUAUUUUGGUCUCUGGCAGUACACGAACACGAACACCCCAGAGCUCCUGUCAUGCAAAUUUGCAACGACAGGAACAUUUUUGUUUGUAAUGCUGUAAACAGGACGAGAGAGUGGCUUUCUCAUGCGGCCUCUCUUGCCAGGCAGCACUACACUGCACGGGAAAACUUGUCAUGCACAGCUUCCAAAACUUGGAGAUUUGUGUUGCUAGAUUCCCUACUUGACGAUCAUGGGGCGGGGACGUUUUUGCUCAGGAUAGGACUGGGGGAAGGGCCUAUGGCGUUCUCAAUUGUUACAUUCUCCUCUGUUGCAUGAUUUGUCAUGCAAAAGCGCCAUGUAUGAUCAUCUACACGAUCAAGCUGUUCUGCAUGACAAAUCCUGGAAGGGCCAAACAGGAUGAUAAUCUGUGCCAAAUCUGUCAUGCAAGACGCGUAAUGCCCCCCCUUUCACUUUUCCCACUCUUGCAUCACAAGUCCAUGUAACAGUUGAGAAUGUAACAGUUGAGAACGCCAUAGGGCCGAAGCACAGGUUUUGAGUAGGUAGAGAUUUUAUACAGCGUUAGAAAGACUACAUUACUUUUGUAGAAAUAAUAAAAAUAAUGUAGUGUAGAAAUAAUAAAUCCUCAGCGUUAGAAAGGGUGUCUGUAGUCACUACAGACACCCUUUCUACAUCCGCAUUACAGAUUCCGUAUUACAGACAUCCGCACUACAGAUUCCAUUUCUGCAAGCGUUGGAAAUGGAAUCUGUGAUGCGGAUUUUCCUCAAGAAGUUCUUCAGGCAAAUCCGCAUUACAGAUUCCAUUUCUGCAAGCGUUGGAAAUGGAAUCUGUGAUGCGGAUUUUCCUCAAGAAGUUCUUGAAGCAAAUCCGCAUUACAGAUUCCAUUUCUGCAAGCGUUGGAAAUGGAAUCUGUGAUGCGGAUUUUCCUCAAGAAGUUCUUCAGGCAAAUCCGCAUUACAGAUUCCAUUUCUGCAAGCGUUGGAAAUGGAAUCUGUGAUGCGGAUUUUCCUCAAGAAGUUCUUGAAGCAAAUCCGCAUUACAGAUUCCAUUUCUGCAAGCAUUGGAAAUGGAAUCUGUGAUGCGGAUUUUCCUCAAGAAGUUCUUGAGGCAAAUCCUCAUUACAGAUUACAUUUCUGCAAGCAUUCCAAAUGGAAUCUGUGAUGCGGAUUUUCCUCAAGAAGUUCUUGAGGCAAAUCCGCAUUACAGAUUCCAUUCCUAAUGCUGAGACUUCUUGGGGGAUUUGUGUCAAGAAGACUUCUUGAAGCAAAUCCGCAUUACAGAUUCCAUUUCUAAUGCUCCUGAAGUGCUAAAGUUAUGUCUUGAGGCAAAUCCGCAAAUGGAAAUCCUCAGCAUUAGAAAGGGUGUCUGUAGUCACUACAGACACCCUUUCUACAUCCGCAUUACAGAUUCCGUAUUACAGACAUCCGCACUACAGAUUCCAUUUCUGCAAGCGUUGGAAAUGGAAUCUGUGAUGCGGAUUUUCCUCAAGAAGGUCUUGAGGCAAAUCCGCAUUACAGAUUCCAUUUCUGCAAUUCGGCUUGUGCAAAAUGUUGAAAUGGCCAUUUCAACAAUUCGGGUUCUGCGAAUUGUUGAAAUGGCCAUUUCAACAUUUUGCACAAGCCGAAUUGUUGAAAUGGCCAUUUCAACAAUUCGCAGAUCUCGAAUUGUUGAAAUGGCCACUUCAACAAUUGAGUGAUGUGUUUUGCAUGACAAAUUCCCAAAUGCGGAAAUUUGUCAUGUAGUUUCAAUUUGAUGCGUUUUCCAUGACAAAUGUCCAAUCCAAAACGGAAAUUUGCCAUGCGCUUUUGUAUUGCCGUCUCUACGGCAAUAGCAAUACAAAGUCCCUCAGCCUCAGCAUUAGAAAUGGAAUCUGUAAUGCGGAUUUGCCUCAAAAAAAAACUUAUGCCUUCAGCAUUUAUUUGCAAUGCAAUCUGCGGAUUUGCCUCAAGAAGAGUCUCCUAUUCUUUCUUGAGGCAAAUCCACCAAGCUACAGACUCCAUUUCCAAUGCAUUACAGAUCCUGUUUCUAUUGCUGAUGAAUUUCAUUUGCGGACUUGCCUCAAGAAAGAACUUGAGGACUUCAGCACUAGAAACGGAAUCUGUAAUGCGGAUUUGCCUCAGAGAGUCUUCUAGACAUAAAUCCCUCAAGAAGUCUUCUUGAGACAAAUCCGCAUUACAGAUUCGCUUUGCAAUGCUGAGGAAUUCCAUUUGCGGACUUGCCUCCAAAAAAAGCUUUAGAGCUUCAGCAUUAGGAAUGGAAUCUGUAAUGCGGAUUUGCCUCAAGAACUUCUUGAGGAAAAUCCGCAUCACAGAUUCCAUUUCCAAUGCUUGUAGAAAUGUAAUCUGUAAUGCGGAUUUGCCUCAGGAACAGGAACUUCUUGAGGAAAAUCCGCAUCACAGAUUCCAUUUCCAAUGCUUGCAGAGAUUGAAUCUGUAAUGCGGAUUUGCCUCAAGAACUAGCAUCACAAAUUCGCAAGCUCAUGAUAAAAAGUUUACUUGAAUCGACUCCAGUUCUUGAAAAAUAACCAGCUGUCAACUUCAAAAUAGCAGUACGUGGAAAAUAGAACAACCGGUAAGCGCUUUACAGUUUUGACUUUUUACAAUUUCAAUUGCAACAGAGGUCCGCCACAAAUUAGAAUUUCAGAUUUUACAAUACUAGACUGCUUACUUCUGGAUUUAACACAAACAACUUCAGAAUUUACAACUUUCGACUCACCUACUUGGAUAGGAUGUGUACAGAAAUUUUACUUCCCCGAUCCACAGAUACGCAGCGACUGUAUCCAUUUGUGAAAGUGGAAAAGAUGCUGCUGUUCUGUUUUUGGGGUCGUAGCUACGUCAGCUCCAUCUCGUAGAAAAACUUUUUUGGAUUUCUCGUAUGUAGCAGCUCGCUAGCGUCAGAAAGAGCAAAGUUCUCGCUCAUUGGGAUAAAAACAAUUCGUAGUCAGACCAAUAUUUCUAUUCGUCGCACUACGUACAAAAUGCAUUACAAAUUACCACAGAAAAGCACACGAAAACUUCACACCGAGAAGAACCCUGAACCGAAGCCAAUUGCUGCCUCGACGAGAAAACAGGAAUUUUGUUUUUUGUUACCUCUAUAGUGUGAAAGCAAUAAGAGGACGCCAAGAAGGGCGGGAGCAGAAGUAUUAACUUGCGGGAAGCAAGUGUUUUCUACGAUUGUUCGGAGAUAUCGGCUAAAAGAGAUUUGUAUGGAAUUUUCAAAAAUAAGUCUCAAGUUCCGGUAUAGUGUCGCCUACCUCAGUUCGGUGCAGCUCUUUUCUGUUUUUUUGAAGUCGUAAAAGACCACAGUGACUCUAGCAAAGAAGAUACUCUGUCGCUUUCGUCUUUCAUCAUUUUGGUUUAUUCUUUAACGAUUUUCGACACCGCCAGCGCUGGAUGGUAUCUUGUUUGUUAAAGAGUAACUCCUUUUUUUUCUUCAAGUCGUGUAGUCGUUCUUCGUGUCGAGCCAAGCUCUUCAAGAAAGACUAUUGCCGCGCUCGUAUGUCUUCAUCGUCGGGGAUUUUUUUUGGGAAAUAGAAAGCAUUUUUUCACAAAAGUAAAAUGCUCUAUGCCUGUUGCUUCGGUGUUGAUCCUUGCUCUCUGAUCGUUGCCUCCAGGCGCCCUAUGGUCGUUGCGAGCGGUGUAUUCUUCUACCCCUCAAUACUCUCCCCGCGCCGAAGUUUCUAAUGCACAGCUUUCACCGAGUUCAGUUUGUUGCUUUACUACUACUACUACUAACUCCUACGUAGAUCCCCCUGUUGUUAAUUACUACUAGUACUACUUUAGAUUCAUUUCCCGCGUUAUAUUUAUUUACUAGAAUUAGAACCCUCAGCGCUAAUACUGUAUGUAAGUAGAGCAGCCCUCCCGCCACUCCCGCUUUUAUAUAUAAAAACAGUAUGAGAAAUGGAAUAGUAACACUGUACAAUCAGCAUUCAUGAAUUCAAGUACAACACACAACACACACAAAAUCGCAUUUACAUAAGUAACCCGGGCCAUAGCAUAGAAAAUUUAAUGUGCAAGAAUCUGGAUCAAAAAGAGAAAAACAAAGCUCACCAAAUUCGAAUAGAAAGACUGACUUUCGUUUUCCAGUGCGACAGUCCAAGCAGUAGCUUCUUUUUCCAAUGCCGCAGUUAUUCCAAGUCGAAGUCUCAUGGCCAUUUCGUGGACAAUAAAAAUUUGAUAACACAAAGAUGAAAGUCGGCAUGUUUUUAGAAAAAGCGACAAAGUAGCAUUACAAACUGAUGACUGAAAAAUGAGAUCAACUGUUACGCAAGGCCACAAGUUUACACUUGCAAGCGCUGCCAUCUAGUCACUUUAUAGUUUUUUGGUUUUACACCGAGCGCACCACUGUGAGAGCCAGCACAGACCACCAAAAGUCUCUCGUCAGCUAUCAGCCGUCCGUAGCAACUUUUUGCACAGUUUUACUCUUCGAAACAGCAUGACAAGAUCACACUUUCGUAUUUGUGUCAAGGAAAAAGUGUUAGAGUAAGAUCAUGAUCCUGUACAAAAAGUAUAAGUGAAAAAUCGAAGUAAGUACACAGCAACUUUUUCACAUUGGUGUUUUUUCUGGAUCCAGGCGCGCGUGUGUUCAGAGGACUAUAGCAGCCCUCGCCGCCUCCCCGGGCGGGGUAAAAGUACGGGCGGGCCGGGUUGACGCUUCGCUGUGCUGCGUUUUCAUGUCUAGCAUCGUGGCACUUCAGGCGGCGCUCCGGCGUUUUGCAUGGUUUAGCAAUUUCAAUUCGCAAUAGUCGUGCCAGCAGUGACGUCGUCAUACCAUCGGGUCUGCGUUCAAUCCGCAUGCUGCUAUGAGCUAAAAACUGACAGAAUCAAGAAUACCGUCGUGAUUGGCUGCAAGUUCUGCAAAAAAGUUCUCGAAUGCAAAACGCGAAUCAAAAAGGACCCCCGCAGACCCCCGCGCUGCGGAAACUGCCCCCCUUAUAAAAAAGGCUGAUAUAGUAUUUUCAUCAUUUUCAGGUACAAUCUUCCGACUUCAUGACAGCCGACUGGUAUCCCAUCGAUUGGAAGCUUCUGGCUCGCAUCAGCAACCGAAUCAUCAAUGAGGUGCGCGGGGUUGUAUGCAUGGCAAGUAUGUCUGAGUCUGCAAGGACAAGCCAAAGUUUUGACGCGUGUUGUUUUUGCUUUUACAGUAAAAAACUGCGCUGCUCCGCAACCGGCAGAUGUAUAGGCACAGUUUUUCCCGUUGGUCGACGGCAGAUGAUUGUCCAUCGCUUACCAACGUGAUGGCGAUAAGGUUCACAAACGUCCCGAUGUUCGUGAUGAUGCGCUUCCCGCCAAAGAGCGCACGCCUCAUGCGGGAGAGGCAUGCUGGAAAAGCUGCCACAAUAAAACCUGUGAUGAUCAUGUUGUUGCAGUCUUGUCCCAGACUCAGACAUGUUUGCAGUGAAUAUAUUAAUCGUGUUUGCUACGACUGUAGUUCGAAGCCGCCCGCGACGAUAGAGUGGGAGUAA